CCUUUGCUCAUAACUUGUUGUUAUCGAUUUGUCAGAACAGGCCAGCAGAGACCAACUCAGAGGUGGACAAGUCGGCAUCACCUUCAGUGGCUCAGCUAGCAGGAAAAUUCAAAGAGCAAGCAGCCAAUAAUACUGGAAAAGAGGUACCACCACAUAAGCCAACUCGGAGGAAACCACCAUGCUCCCUUCCAUUGUAUUCCCACAAAACUGAGACAAGUGACAAUGAUGAGCAAAAGCGGUCUCCAAAUGCUUGCCCCAUUCCCAAGGUCAAGGUGAAAAGCUCCCCUAUGAUUGAAAAGCUGCAGGCCAAUCUGGCUUUUGCUCCAGCUGCUCUGCUGCCGGGAGCGUCUCCCAAAAGCCCUGGUCUGAAAGCCAUGGUUUCUCCAUUCACCACCCCUCCCUCAACGCCCACCAGCCCGGGGAUUCAGUCCCAGCCCCGUGAAGCGAAUGAGACGCCGGUCAGCUUUGAUCAACCCCCAGAAGGCACUCAGCUGCAAUUCUAUAAUAAGGUGCGGACGCGGGGAUCGAUAAAGCGCAGGCCUCCCUCCAGGAAGUUCCGAAGAUCUCUGUCGGAGUGUGGAGAUGGGGAAGAUUUAGGGGUCAACAUCUCCUCUCCAGAAAAUGGUGCUAAGGAAGAUGGGGAUGAGGUGUUUGGGCCCAAGGGCAAGACAGAGGAGGCAGAAACAGAGGACAAAGAGAAAAAUAAACAGACAAGGUCUGAUGAGAAGCCCCCAUCAAGGAGAGGAUCCAGCAGAUUAGAAGAUGAAGAAAAAGGGGAAAAACAGGCGGAGGAAAUUACUCCUUGCAAGAGUAACGCAGGGGAUUCAAAGGAGGAGGAAGCGUGUCAUGGUGCCCCAGGGGAGGACAACUCUCCCCAGCCUCCCUCUGGAAACAAGGAGAGGGUGUGUGAGGGUCUGCAGGGAGAAGAUCAGCAAGGCAGUGCCUGUGAACAGGAAAAGAGGGACAAAGAAAAGGAAGAAGCUGAAGCUGAAGCAAAGGAGACCAGUGAGAGCACAGACGUACGGAGAACAUCAGACACUGAAGAAACACCACUGGCACCCGAACCACUGCAGGACACAGUGGGCUUAGAGACUGCCAGUGAGCCUUCAACAUCAGCCGCACAGGACCAGGGCACAGCGUAA